CGGAACGGAGCUUCAUCCGGCGCCCAAACUCACAGACGCAACAGCCAUGGCGCACCGCGAUGGAGGGAAAAUCAGAAAUAGGAGAGUUGUUAAAGACGCCCCGUAUGACAGGCGUAGUCGGCCACCACCCACUUUGAUGAACCGGGUGAAAGACACAGUAAAGGGAAUCGUUCCUCAUUGGCUUAAAAACUUUUUUGAGAAUGGAGGCUCACCUGAAGGACGUCCUGCUCAGAAUUGCCAGCCCUGUUCUCCCAAUAUCGAUGAGACAGGGCCCCCUUCUCAUAAUAGAUUUACAAUACCAGAACCUCGCACUGGUGAUGCAGAUCGUCCUGCAACCAGUGCAUCCCACAUAUUUCAGGAGCAUGUGCUUUCGCGACCACCCCUUAAUCGAUCAAGACUUCAUUUUUCGCCCCUGGAAAUCUCCACCCCAGUUGUUGAAACCCACAGCAACUAUUUUCAGCAGCCCUCCACUUCUUCAGCCUCGGGCCCGUUCUUUAAAGAGUUAAGUCCCAGUCCAAUUAAGGAGAUGAAGGACAACGUUUCGCAGCAUGAAGACGACAACAUUUCUACCACCAGCGGCUUCUCAUCUCGAGAUUCUGACAAAGAUGUUCCCGCUUCUAAGCCUCCUUUAAGCCCACAGCGAAAGGUGGAGAUGGACAGGAGCAGCUCUGCGCCUUUGUUUUCCCCAACAAGUUCACGGAAACCUUCUUUCAACUUGUCGGUUUUUGGGAGUCCACAUAAUUCAUUAUUAAAAAGCACUGCGAACUCGAGGCAGCUGGGAGACUCACCAUUUUAUCGAGGGAAAACGAUGUAUGGCGGAGCUGCUGCCAGUUGUCGCUCUCGUGCUGAUACGCCAUACCAAGCUCCUAUUAGAAAAUUGGUGAAGAUCCGCCCUGCGUCUGCUCAGCCGUGUGGUGUGACCAGCGCCACAGCCAAGCGUUUCCUGCAGUCCUUGGAGCAGAUGUCCAGUCCAUUAGCUGAUGCAAAAAGAAUUCCAUCAGCAGGUCCAUCUCCUUUGUCAUCAUCCUUAGAUGCCUCAAAUCAUAGUUUUCUGCGCUUCCAGGCAAAAAAUAAACAACUGGCGUCUCCCUUGUCACCUGCUGUCAAACACAUUCCCACUCCAAAGUUGGCACCGUUGAACAACUCUCUGUCAGUCAGACCCUCUUUGACCCUUGAAAAGACCUUAAAACCCCUGCCAUUGGUAUCUGAAGCAGCCACAGAACCAUCUAGAAGCACAACUAAGCCCGCUGUUCCUGCUGUCCCCCUGCCCCACUCAUAUUCUCCCAGUGCAAUGAGUGCUGGUGGGGGGAAAAUGAAGAGGAUGAGCACACGGCAUCGUCAGGCUGGGUGGUCGAGCACCAAGGUGUCGACCGAAUCGACUUCUGUCAAAGAGCUCCCCACAUCUGUAGACACAUCCUUCUGCUUCUCCACCCCGCCAGCGUUUGCUCCUUUGUCGAUUGACAACACAUCAAAGUCAUCAGACUAUAAAUUUUCUCAGGACACAGCCGAGACCUCCAAAUUAUCCACUCCCACCAGUGCAACCUUUACUUUUGCCCCACCAUGUCUGAUCCCAGUAACUUCUGCAGUAGCCAAUUUUAAUCCUGUCAAUGAGACCCAAGCCAUAACCACAGCAGUAAAACACACGGUAACCCAAAGCGCAGAGGACUUUGAAGGACCCUUUAGACCAGCCAAGACCCUAAAACAAGGCAGUGUGCUGGAUGUUCUUAAGUCACCUGGUUUUUCUUCUUCUCUGUCUCAAACUUCGACGUCCUCCUUAAAUGCCCACCUCGCGACGUCGCCAUCUUCAACCCCUUCUUUCACCUCCACCACCGCGUCUUCUCUCUCCACUUCAUCAGGGUUCGGAAACCUUAAUUUUAAAGCUCCUGGAGGCUGGAGCUGCAACAAUUGUUUAGUACAAAACAAGCCAUUAGAUACAAAGUGUGUUUGCUGCAAGGCAACGAAUCCUAAAUGCUCGGACAGUACAGCGAAUGCCUCAGACGGCGUGGGGACGGUGAGCAGCAUCCCAAACGGCACCUCAAACACCUUCGGGAUCAUCUUCUCCAAACCCACCGGAACUUGGGACUGUGACACGUGUCUCGUUCAGAACAAACCCGAUGCAGUGAAGUGUGUGGCCUGCGAAACGGCCAAGCCAGGCACCGGACUCAAACCUUCAUUUACUCUGCCCUCUGCCUUCUCUGCCGUCAAGACUGCAUCCCUACCGACAGCCCCCGUUUCUCCAAUCUCCACCAUGACAAUCCCUGCAGCAUCCACAGCCUUAGCCCCCACCUCGUCGGUGUCACUCGACCUGGGAGACAAGUUCAAGAAAGCCGAGGGAUCGUGGGAGUGUGACACGUGUAUGAUAGUGAACAAAGCCGAGGACAAGAAGUGUGUUGCAUGCUCCAGCGUCAAGCCUGGAGCUUCAGCUGCUGCCACAACAGGACCCUCGCUAUCAUCCACCACUGCACCAGUGUUUGGAUUCGGAGACAAGUUCAAAAAAUCCGAAGGUUCCUGGGAGUGUGACACGUGUAUGGUGACCAACCAGGCAGACGCCUCCAAGUGCGUGGCCUGCUCCGCUGCCAAACCAGGACUGUCAUCGGGAACCUUGUCGAGCCUCCCGUCUGCACCUAGCAGCGCCCCGCUGUCCAGCUUUGGGGAUGUGUUCAAGAAAGCCGAGGGCUCCUGGGAGUGUGACGCGUGCAUGGUGGUAAACAAAGCUACCGAUGCCAAGUGUGUGGCCUGCGCUAGCGCCAAACCAGGCGCGCCAUCCACAGCAGUUCCCAGUGCAGCUCCGACAUUUGGGUUUGGAGACAAGUUUAAAAAGACGGAAGGCUCUUGGGAUUGCGACGCCUGUCUGCUCCAGAACAAAGCUGCAGAUGUGAAGUGUGCUGCGUGUCAAGCAGCCAAACCUGGAGCUAAAGCAGAUGCUACAGCGGCCGGGACUUCAGACGCCCCUGCUUUUGCUGCUUCACCGUUUAAAUUCGGCGCAUCAUCAGGCUCAGGACCAGCAUUUUCUGGUUUUAAAACCGGGGACACCACAGAGUCCUCAGCUGCACCAUUCAAGUUUGGAGCUCAGUUUGGAUCCUCAUCAGAGCCUUCAGUGAGCGACAACAGUGCGAGCACAGGGUUUAAGUUCUCUGCCGUGUUUGGAGAAACGGCAGGCAGUGACAAACCACCUGUAUUUGGAGCAGGAGCCUCUGGGGGGUUUGCGUUCGGCCAGUCCACUCCGUCGAGUACUGCUUCUUCAGCGCCUACCUUCAUGUUUGGUCAAAACUCGGACAGCAAAACGGCUUCUGCGCCUUCAGCAGCUCCGGCCUUCAGUUUCGGCCAGACCCAAGAUAGCAAAACGGCAACAGUAGCUGCUGCAGCACCAGCUCCCUCCGUCAGUCAGAGUGAGGACACUAAAGCUGCAGCUGCUGCUCCUCCACCCUUCACUUUUGGUCAGAACCUGGACAGUAAAGCCGCAGCUGCCUCCUCUGAGGCUCCAUCCUUUACUUUUGGUCAGAGCCAAAACAAUAAACCCACUGCUGCUGCACCUACCUUCACUUUUGGCCAGAACAUGGACAGCAAGUCGGCUGCCCCAGCCCCAGCCGCAGCUCCGGCCUUUACCUUCGGUCAGACCCAGGACAGUAAAGCUGCUCCUGCCGCAGCUCCAGCCUUCACUUUUGGCCAGAACCAGGAGAGUAAACCUGCUGUUGCUCCAUCCUUCUCUUUCGGUCAGAGCCAGGACAGUAAACCCUCUGCUGCCCCCGCAGCAGCUCCCACAUUUACAUUUGGCCAGAGCCAGGACAGCAAAGGACCUGCUGCUGCUCCGACCUUCACCUUCGGCCAGAACCAGGACAACAGUGGUGCUGCAUCUUUAUCUGCAUCUGCAUCAUUUGCUUUUGGCCAGGACAGCAAAGUGCCUGCUCUCUCUUCCACUCCUGCUCCAGCCUUUACCUUUGGCCAAAACCAGGAGAACAAAGCCCCAGUGUUACCAGCACCAGGGCCGUUUGUAUUUGGCCAGAGCCAAGACAGCAAAGCGGCAGCACCGUCAGCUGCGCCAGCUGCCGCACCAACCUUCAUCUUUGGCCAGAACCAGGAGAGCAAACCAGCUGCUGCCCCUGCUGCCGCCCCAACCUUCGUCUUUGGGGCAGCUGGCAGCACUGCUGCUGCUGCUCCCUCUUUUAAUUUUGGAUCAACAGCACCCCCUGCUGCCCCUUCUACAGGCUUUUCUUUCGGCGGUGCCAUGGCUUUCAGGUCCAAUCCCUCAACAGCACCACAGUCGGGAACACCCGGAAUGUUCAGUAUCGGAGUAUCUGAUGCUGCUGAUGCACAAACACUUUCCAAGCGCAAGAUAAAGGCAGCAGUGCGACGAAGAAGGUAAAGACGUGGAAACCCAAGUCGGCCCUUCGCCAAGUCCACGGAGAUUCGUCCCCACUGGAGGCUGAACGGCCGAAAAACACUUAAUUAAAAUUAUGUAAAUUUAAUGUUGUGUUCCCACUGGAAGCUGAAAAGCUUCAACGGUUUACUUUUGAAGCUAUGAUUGUUGCUGAAUGAGUGAAUAAAUAAAAUCCAUAAUCGCGUGUUUUUAAAUAAAAUAUUUGUUUUCCUUUGCGGAGUUCUGUGUUACCACUGGACUGACCAUUCAACCUGCCUGUAUCAGUACCAUUCUCAUCUGACGGAAGACUGCAGUCCUGAAAUGUCCUACUUUAUAGAGUCAUUUAACGGAUGAUUUGAGUCUGGGAAUGUUUCACGUGUGAAUCUUAAAAUCUUCAAUUUCUAUGAGAUAUUAUUUUGAAUACUAAAGGUGCAUCGUGAACAAACUUCUCUGGAGAAAACAUCUUUCAGUUCUGAUCAUAUUCAGUGAAAUCAGUUUUGAGCUGAGAUGGGUUUUUUUUCUUAGCAGCUCCAUGUUCACAGUGUUCACCGUUCCUAGAUUGGCUGUAUGCUGGAGUCAUUGAACACAUGUACAUAAUAGUGUAUAUAAAACAGAAGGAAAUUUCCAUUGCAUUAGUAAAUAAAAACGAAACUGGAAAACAUUGAUCCUGUUAAUAAUGGAAAGCUUGAAUAUCCCUGCUGUCACUUUGUUUGCGUUACCUCUGAGUCUUGCUGUACUUGAGCAGUGUCAGUAUUUUCAACAUGGACAAACCAUGUGACGUGGUUUUGGGCGUAAAAAUGUGCUUUUACAUGAUUUGAUUUUUUUUUUUUCACCGAGUUGAAAAGACACUGCAGUCUUAAUCUUUGGGAGCUACUAAUAUACAUGUUGCGACGACGCAGCCAACCGAGGGAGCGUAAAACUGGCCUGACCACAAAUAUUUCUCAGAAACUUUUUUUUUCCCACGGGAUUUUUUUUCUGUGUCAAGCUGUCGACAACAGGUGCGUUCAGGAAA